AUGACUUCAUCCUCGGGCUUGCCAUCCUCAUCGACACUUGUCCUUCCGCGGCAAAUCAUCCCGAUAUGUGACAUACUUGACGAGAAAGUAGAUCCGCAGCAGCUCGUCAAUGUGAUCGGACUUGUCAGGGACUUUCGUCCCCCCGUCGAAACCCGCGGUGCUGACUGGAAGGCGUCAAUUCUCCUCUUUGACCUAUCGACGCAACAUGGCGAUGAUGACUUCAUCUUCACCAUUUUCAGACCAAGAGAUCUAAUGCCAGACGUUGGCGCUGGUGAUGUCGUUUACGUGCAAAGCGCUAGAGUUCAACGCCACGGCAUGAAUUCAUUGUCGAUAUUAACUAAUCGUUCUACCCGUAUCCACGUCUUUCGCGCAUCCCUAAUCCCCAAACCCCCUGGCUGUCCCUCCCGCGCCCUUAGGACAUCUAACAAUACCCUGCCCAGCCAGGACGUCCUCAAUUAUGUCUCCGCCUUGUACUAUACAAUCGACAAAGGGCGAGUACCGGACGUAGCAAGCUUCCAGGAGAUGGCUAAACAGGCCGUCAACGUUAAACGAAAGUACGAGCAGCUAAAAGACCUACGCCCGGGAAACUUCUACGACCUCAUUGUUCGAGUCGUCCGACGGCCGUAUGACCUUGGUGAUUCAAUCACGAUCUGGGUGACCGACUACACCGAAAACCCGGCCUUCUACCAUUUUUCAGAAGAAGGCUCGGAGGGGUCUGUCUAUGGCGAACCUAUGGGAUAUGCUAACACUGCAUAUCCGGCAACUCAGGAGAGUGCCGGCGCAGGUCCUGUAGGCAAGAUGUCGAUGCAGAUAACUUGCUGGGAGCCUCAUGCCACCGUAUUGCGGACCAAAGCCAAGGCUGGCUCUUGGGUCUCCUUGCGGAAUGUGCAAGUCAAAUACGGGAGGAACAAUGCGAAUCUAGAGGGCUACUUAAGAGAGGAUCGGAGAAGUCAUUCCAAGGUCGGCGCCGAAGUGCUCGACCAUCUAGCUGAUGGCGAUACUAUGGACCAGCGCCUAAAGAAUGCUAUCCGUCGAAAGUAUGUCUACGAACGCAACAAGAACCGCCAGCCUGGGAAAAAUGCUGCGAACCAGAAGUUUAAAAAGCGCCGUGCAGAGGACGACGAAUCAACGGCGCGGUUGAGCUGUAAGGUGCGGCGUGUAAUGGAACGCGCCAACAAGAUGGUAAAAGAACGGGAGAGUCAGGAAGUGCUCGACCUAAACCCUGAUGUGUCUUGCGAAAACGUCGACGUCCCCAUAUCGACUAUUUUAUCCAUGGUCAAGACCGUGUAUUAUAACCUGUCUCUAGACGGCGUUGAUAGCCCCAUGAGGAUACCGAUCCCUUUCAAUAAUGCCAAGUAUCGGGUUAUAGCCCGAGUCACGGACUUUUUUCCCCAAAAGCUUGAAGACUUUUCAUAUUCCCGCAAGGUCACGGAAUACGAUGCUCUGUCGGGCAUUUCUAGCAAUGAUGACGACGAAGAUUCCGAUGCACAUGGGACUCCGGAUGGCAAGAGAAGGUGGGAGUGGCGGUUCGCCCUUCAACUGGAGGACGCGUCUCCUCAGGCGCGAUCGAAGCCGGAACGAGCCUGGGUCUACGUGAGCAACGCCGACGCUGAAUGCCUGACGGAUCUUAACGCAUCGAAGUAG